CUAUAUACCGCAGUGCGCUUUACAUUUGCACAUAAUGUCACGUUAACAUGACUGUUGUCUUAAAUCGAUGAAUUACUCGACGUUUAACUGUAAUAUCAGUUACAGAUGGCGUUCUCCUUCGGGCUUAAGGCAAUAUUCCUAAUACAAGCGGCAAGUCUGGGGUUUUGCACCAUUGAAGUGCGCCCAUUGGAAAAGAAGACGCUUGAAGGUUUCGAGUGCAUUUCGAACAAUGAUAUAACCAUCCAGUUUAAAAACAUCACUUCGAUUUACACACAAACACUUGCAGAAUGUUCAACUAUUUUAAAAGGAUGCUAUUUGACUGAACAAUCUCUUGACAAUAUCUAUGCAGUGUUUUAUACUGGUCGCGGAGCAAGAUUUUAUACUAACACUGUUACGGACAAAUCACAUGGGACAUAUAGCUGUUGUGAAACGUAUGAUACCCAGCUGUGUCAUAGCAUUAAAUUUUGUGCGUUAACGGACAACGCAAGCACUAAGUCAGAGUGGGACAUGACUAAUCAAAAACACAACAGUUCGGAACGAACAAAAGAAGACUGUGCAGUCCUAAGUGUGAUUUCUACAACACUGUGCAUUUCGUGCAUUAUUAAUGUUGCAUUGGUGUGCCUUCACUUUAGGAAGAAAGGAUGCAUUAGGUGGGCUAGGCUAAUGUGCGGUAAAGGCAGGUUCAAACGUGAUCGUCGGCCUAAACAUGUUUUUCACCCUUCUCGGGCAGAUUUCGAAUGGCUCAUGUCAAAGUCGGAUAAUAGAGUGACACAGUGCGACGGAGGAGGACUUUAACAGUGACAAGCUGGCACUGAUGGCUGGGUCGUUUGUUGUGUUCGCAUUGGACUCGAUCUGUUUAUUGAUAGAAAGAAAUAGCUAUCCGACUUUAGGCGAAAUAAUGGUACGCGGAUGCAAAUGCAUAAAUCAUAUAUAUAUUGCGAUAGUCUCUUAUAAUUCCAAUAUGAAAUGGCAAUAUACAUUUGAUAAUGUGUAAAUAAUUGUAAUAUAAUUACCAUGAAUGUAUAUUGAUGAGACUUAAAUAAAGAUAUACUACUACUACUACUAUAUAAUUAAAAUAAUUAAUACUUGGAAAUAUAGGACAUGGAAGCGUACUCAAUUUAUAUAUACAAACAUCUGACAUACAAUUACAAGCUUGGAAUAUUUACUUGAAAGUUUAAUGUGUGUGUGUGUGUACGAUAAUGAGCAUCAACGUGUAUUUUAAACAUACCCAUGCAUACCUUUAAUUUCAUAUUUAAUUAACCAAUUAUAAUUCAACAAUGUUCAAUUUUACACAAACCCACCACAAAAAAAGAAUGUAUGAACAAUUAAUCAUUAUACACCCUUAAACAUCACACUUACGAUGAACAGGUCAUUAAUGAUACCAAACAAAAUUAACACAGUAUCUAAUUGACGAGAUAGAACGAUCAUUAUUCAACUUAUAAGUAAGCAGCUAAAUAGAAAUAGGCAUGGAUUGUUUUCAGAAAGGUCGUCCCAUGUAUUGGCCCCAGCCUGUUUUUUAAUAAUUGUGCAAGUAACAUAAACAUGUACUGGUCUGAGUUAUCUUCUUCGAUGAUCUAAAAUGAUAGACAGUUAAAAGACAUGCAUAUAAACUUAAUUUCAAUUCAAAUAGAAAAACAAAAGUAGCCCUUUAUAAUAUAAAGGGACAACCAAUAGGUAUUAUUUGCCCCAUAGUUUUAAAUAAUGUAUCACGUACCAUUCAACACAUGUCUUUACCAUUAUAGACACGUUCUGUUUUAAAUUUUUGGCGUAAGUACGCUUUAGCACUUUCCUUAUCUUCAAAGAAUUAUAUUUAACCCAGCUCUUUGAUCGAUUUUACUGAACACUUGCAUAUGCUCACGCAAUGGUUUUCAAAAUGUUAGUUUGCCCAUGAUCGGCGAUUGUAUAUGUAGAUAAUAAUUUAAAUGCACGCGUAACCAUCAAAACAGAAAUUAAAUCAGCAACCAGUUGUCAUACACCAUUUUGUAUUUAUUGUAUUUGGAUGUAGGCAUAUAUUAACUAAUAAUGAAAUUUGGAAGCUGAACAAUAUUCCAACUUUUAAAUAUUCAAUAUGGCAUAUUUAUAGUAAAAUACGUUUCUGUUAAACUUAAUACAACAGUAUAAAUUAUAAUGGUUAUAAGCUCCUUACACAUAUAUAACAUCGAUAACAUACAUCAUUUUAUUUGUUGAGAGUGUAUAUGAAAUACUAGUUUUACUAUGUUAAUGUAUAUAUAUGUACAUUAGUCAACAUUUUUCAUCGAUAACAUGUACCAUUUAUACUAUGCUGUAUAUGUGAAAUAUUGGUACCAUUAAUACUACAUUGUAUAUGUGAAAUAUUGGUUUUACUAUAUCGAUAGUAAAAAUAGUUUUCUCAUUAUGCCAAAAGCAUGCACUAUUGUAAUAUUUAUAUAUUCUAAAUAGUUUUCUCAAUAUACCAAAAAGCGAUUUCGGUAUAUUAUGUUUACGUUAACAAAUAAAUAUUUAAUGACCAUCAAGCACUAACAUUGCAUUCACGAUCUUUGACCUGUAAUACUAAUAUCUUUCUUCCUCUGUAUUCAACUAACAACCACAGCAAUCUUUACCUGAAGAAUUACCAUUUGCUUUAUAUAAUUGUAGGCUAGAAGCUUAUUUGUAGCUUAAUUGCCGAAAUAAAUGUUGUUGUUGU